UUCUUCUUCCUUCCUUGAUACCUCGUUAACACAAGACUGAAACUGAAUUUGAUAUGAUUUGGUUCCGAGUGUGCAUUUGAUUUCUCUGCCUCUUUCGACUUCUUCACUAUCUCUAUUAUAAAGCCUCAAUCUUGGUUCUGUCUCUCUCUCUCUCUCUACGCGGUUCAUAUCCUAGCUUGGCCUAACAAAGCCCUCUAUUUUCGAAUUUUUGAUAACCGGUAGGUUCGGAGUAGAAGCAAAAUGUUCUUAAUUCGUCUCUCCCGCCAUAAUCGAUCCUCUUUUACACUUCUCACCCGCCGCCUUCACCGCGGUUCAGACCAAACAGAGUCACCCUCACGGCUCCGAGACCAUUACAAUUUUCAACCACCGCCGCCGUUGUCUACAUCCUCUGAAAAUCAUGACUUUAUCCAAAAGAAGAAGAAGCCGAAGCCGCAGUACCGCCCGCCUUCGUCACUGGAAGGUGUGAAGAAGAUGCACUCUGAUCUUCCCUUUGAUUUCCGGUUCAGUUACACGGAGAGUAGUUCAAAUGUUAGGCCAAUUGGUUUGAGAGAACCAAAGUAUUCUCCUUUCGGUCCUCAACGCUUGGACCGGGAAUGGACCGGUGUCUGUGCUCCUGCCGUUGAUCCUAAGUUAGAGUCUGUGGACGGAGUGGAGGAUCCGAACUUGGAAGAGAAAAGAAGGAAACUUAGGGAGAAGAUCCAAGGGGCUUCACUUACUGAAGCUGAAAGGAAAUUUCUUGUGGAGCUUUGUCAGAGGAACAAAACUAAGAGACAAGUUAAUCUUGGGCGAGAUGGUUUGACUCACAAUAUGUUGAAUGAUAUCUAUAAUCAUUGGAAACAUGCUGAAGCAGUUCGUGUCAAGUGUCUUGGAGUCCCAACUCUUGAUAUGAAGAACGUUAUCUUCCACCUUGAGGACAAAACGUUUGGCCAAGUAGUGUCUAAACACUCUGGUACCCUUGUGUUAUAUAGAGGGCGGAACUACGAUCCCAAGAAAAGGCCCAAGAUCCCAUUGAUGUUGUGGAAACCUCACGAACCGGUGUACCCUAGGUUGAUUAAAACAGCAAUUGAUGGCUUAAGCAUUGAAGAGACCAAAGCUAUGAGAAAGAAAGGGCUAGCAGUUCCUGCCCUGACAAAACUAGCCAAGAAUGGCUAUUACGGUAGUCUUGUUCCGAUGGUGAGAGAUGCUUUCCUCGUGAGUGAAUUGGUACGGAUUGAUUGCUUGGGACUAGAGAGAAAGGAUUACAAGAAAAUUGGAGCAAAGCUUAGGGAUUUGGUCCCUUGCAUCCUGGUGACAUUCGACAAGGAGCAGGUCGUGAUUUGGAGGGGUAAAGACUAUAAGCCACCCAAAGAUGAUGAUGAAUAUUCGUCCUUCAUUCAUCAUGAAUCUUCCAUAGACACCGAUUUAAGUUGUAGCAGAGUAGCUCAAGAUUCUCCAGACGAGACAAAUAGAACUUAAGAUGAUUUAGUACUCUUGAUCCCAGUUGUAUAGUUGUAUUAUGAAUUUAUGAGAGUAUUUUUGUGGUACUUUCUUUGGCAAAUUGAUAUAAUAAUUCCAAGUAGCAUAGGCACUGUACUUGUUUGUCUCGCUAAGGAACACUAGUAGGUAGGUUGAAGAAAAUGGUGAUUACAUUUUUUCUC